GCGAUCAUCUUGCCCCGCACCCGGACCUCGCGCCGUCGUCAUGCACGGGCAGGGAUAGCAGACUUCCAUCAGUCUAACAUUGCGGCCCCGCAAACUUUUUUAAGCAGAUUUCCUGAAGGGGGACUGUACUGUACCUCGUUCAUGAGCUUUCGGCUUCUUGCCUCCAUCGGAAGCUUGGCCCUUCAGCCAGAUUUCUUGAGCUUUCCUAACCCCAUCGAAGGCGGUCCACCACGAUUAAAAUGGCAAGCGACCCAGGCCGGAUCUUUGCAGAAUCUGUUGACCCCAUCACCGGUCAUGGAACAAGUAGCCUCCACCCCGGCCACUCGACCGCUGACCAGGCCACGCAAGGCGAUGCGUCCACCGAUGUGACGAUGCUCCUAGAUCCUCCGUCGGAUGACGAGGAUCCCUAUCCCCGGCCCGAUAACGUCAAGGGGAAAGGAAAGUCGAGAGAUGGCGAGAUCACCGCGCCGGCUGGAGUUUGUCAUCUUGCAUCCCUCCCUGCCGAGCUUAUUAGCGACAUUCUUUCAUAUCUCACUGCCGAAGAUCUCAUCGGAUUUGCCAAAACUUCCAGGGACAUGUACAGCCACGCGAUGGCCGAUCAUCUUUGGCAAGCCCUAAUACAAGACAACGUGCCUGGAGUGCGCGUCACCUCGCCAUAUCCAUGCCGUACCUUCUACGACCUGUUUCGGGCCCACUACCCCCGCUGGUUCCUUCCAAAGUACAAAAUCUGGUUUUCAGAUCUCGAUCUCCCGGGCCGGCUCAUCCUCGUCCGCUAUGACCAACGCCGUGGCUGCAUUGAGGGCUACCAGCUCCUGGCCAACAAAAAGAGUCGGAGCUUCCAUGUAUGGGAUACGGAGCCCCCUGUCAUGGUACACUCGUUCGACCCUGUGGUCAAGCUGCACAUCGACAAUCCUGUGCUCAAGUUGCCAGCUAAUCCCCCAAUCCAAGCGUGUGGAUCUCAAUAUGUUGGCAAUAUCAGAACGAUCAGGCUGCGUCGAGACAGCGCAGAUCCCGCCGAUUCGAGCAGCCGAAGUGUGUCCCGUUACCAGGCCGAGAUUCCUAUGCAGCUCAACUCCAUAGACAACAUGCGUAGCAACUUUGUAUACGCCAAGAUCCUUGACCCUGAGGAUGUACAAACGCUAAUCUCAUCGGCAUUCCCGUACGGCCACAUCUGGCCUCCGCCUACCAUCCCGGCUCCUCAUCGUGUGGUCGCCGACGGCCUGGGUCGUUCCUAUCUAAGGCCACUAGGGCCCGAGAGUCGCCCCAACAACCGUCGGGAGCUUUGCGACCGAGCAUUUCGCAUCCGCAAAUGGAUUGAACUCCGGUUGUUCCAUUCCCAUGGCUUAGCUUUGCGGCCAGAUCCCUUAAUCCUCACAGGAGGGUUCGCAGAGGGAGAGGCUGUAUUUCCACAUGCAGAGACAGACCACCACCUCAUACCGGAUAUCCCGUUCCUUUCGCAUGGCAUCCAUGGCGGAGAUGACAUCUCCACCUAUGCAACCCUCGACCCAGAGCUCUACACGCCUACCCCCGGGAACCCGUAUCAAGGCAUCUGGGUAGGCGAUUAUAGCGGACACGGGUGUGAGUUUCUCUGGAUCCACCACGACGACGGCCGUUUACCAGUGCUUGGCUAUGAGCCCGCAAUUCCUCGACGACGGCUGCUGGCUGUCAAGUUGACCGGGGACGCAAACGUUCCUAGGGGGGAAUUCAGUUGGGUCGUAGAAGAUCUGGGGGACGGAGGGCUUGUGAGGGUGGAGAAGGAGCCCCCGUUUGAAGGGGUGAGGGUUGUGAAGAGUCAAGGGCAUGUCGCCAACACGGGGUUUCUGAACGACUCGUAUAUCGACUCACAUCUAUUCUUGAUCUCACACGAUCGACUGGCUCAGCAUUGGAUCGAUUUGGAGCGUGUCAGUUUUUACCAACGCGUGGACAUCGACCAGUUCCUAGUUCCGGACUAGACUGAGAGAGCAAGGGAAGCGUUACUGUGGCUGGUUUUCCUGCGUCCUCACUUACAGGUCCGAAUGACCCGGAGGCUCGACAGGACAGCUUCACGGAAGUGGUAUACAACAGCGUCAAACCGGGUCACGGACAGGUUGAGCGAAAUGUGAUGCCAUGUGUGCCGUGAUUUAAUGAAAAGACCUACUAGCCUUGUUGGGGCACUUAAGAGGUCGUGUUUAGACCUCCUCCCAACAGUUGCAGACACUAAGGGGAACAUCAUCCUCAGCGACGGAAAGCAAAUAACGGAAUGUCAUUUGUUACUCUCCGUGCAUUCCUCUCAGAAGCUCUCUACGUUUCUGUACAGGAAAUAUACAUGUACACUCUAUGGUAUAUAAGGUACAUUUAUAUGUCAUACUUGGACCCGGCAGAACCUCGAGAUAACCU